AUGAUUGUGGAAGUCCCGAGCAGAAGCCUCCUGGUCAUCCUUCUCUUCACUCCAUGGAUCUGUACUUCAUUUGGUAAGUCCUUGGGAGCGGGAGGGAACUCAUUGCAAAUGUCCGGGGGGAGAAUGCAGGCUUUUGUGAAGGGGAAAUAAUUGAUCAAGGGGAGGUUGGUGCCAUUUCCCACUUCAUUUCUCUGCCCAGAAGUUCAAAAUGCUGCUUAGACGUCCUGGCCUCUGCCCAAGACCACCAUGAGACGCACAGCAAGCCAAGAAACUGUUGAAUGGUUUCUUUAAAUAUUAAGGUUCCUUAUUAUUUCACAAGAUAUGUAUCUCUUUAAAGGCCAGAGCAAAUAUCAUGACUUAGUUUUACAACUGUGAAUCAGUAUAGCAGGUGCUGUUAAGUUGUGUUAAUUAAGCUGUGUCGGCAAUUGGGUAUAGUAUAUAAAGAAUAGUGUGUACCUCUCUCAGUGCCCUGGUGAAUGGGUCAUACUUAUAGAUGUAAGGUAAUUUAAUGUAGGAGGAGUUUUUGUAAUUAAAGGCAAGCAAAAGUUAUUUUUGCUUUUCUUCGCUGUUUCCUGAACCUGUGGUCUCCCCAGCACGCUUUCUGCAGUGCAACUAAUCUGCUAAAUACGCAAGAGAAACCAGCCGAUAGAUAGAUCCCACUGUCGUGGCUGUUUUUAAACUCAUCUGCUUGGAAAGAGGAGAAUCCAGCCUUAUGUUUCCCACAAGGAAAAGCAAGAAUCAGCAAGGAUCCGUCUGGUUCUGGUGCAAGGAAUGAGAUUCAGGACUUUGGGAUUUCUAGCGAGAGUUCUGAGCCUGCAUGGGAGUCCCGAAGAAUUUCCCCCACUCACCUGCUAAGCUAUUAUGCAGAGGUGGAGAACCUUCCAGCUACUGACAGAAAUCCCUGUCUCUUGCUGGAGUCCCUGGCCUGAAGGUGGGCAGUCCUCUUAGACAGUGUUGAGCAUAAGCUUUCCUCUUGGUGAACCACCUUCUCAUUGGAAGCACCACCAAGUAGGCAUCUCCUUCUAUGUCCUCCCGCUUUCUGGAAUAGCUCCUCUGUGCCCUGCUCAUUCCCCCUGGGCAGGAAAGAAGCAGCCUCUGGGUCUCCUGCCUCCUCAGGAUAUGUGGGGAGCAAGGAAGGGGUGGCUCUGCUCCAUAAUCUCACCCCCCCCACUUCCUCCCAUUCAAAGUCCUCUUCCUCAAAUGCUUCAAGCUUCUAGUCUGAAUCGGAGUUCUCAGAAGGUAUAGGGGCACUUGCUCAAAAAAGGCUUCACCCCCCAUUCCCUGGGAACCUACCCCCCCCAUAAGCUGCAUUGUACCCCACAGGUCAUUACUAUAUUGCAGGGGUCAGCAAACGUUUUCAGCAGGGGGCCGGUCCACUGUCCCUCAGACCUUGUGGGGGCCAGGACUUUAUUGGAUGCUGAUUCCCGGACCGUCCGCAGGCCGGAUUGAGAAGGCGAUUGGGCCAGAUCCGGCCCCCAGGGCUUAGUUUGCCAACCCAUGCUAUAGUAUAUGUGUGGGGUGUGUGUCUGUAUAUCUGCCUGCAAAGGGCCCUCUUCCAUCCCUAACCCUCCCAAAAAUAGGAUUUAGAGUAAGGUUACCAGAUCUUUUUCAAUGAAUCUGGGGACACUUUUCAACUUCAAUGGAUUUUGUCAGGGAAUGGAUUUGUAAAUCCAGGGACUGCCCCCAGGAAAUGGGAAUGUCUGGUAACCUUAAUUUAGAGCAGCUUCCCAAUGUAUCCAAGAUAUGUCUUCCCAGAGCCUAAUUGCAGCACAGAUCUAGCUAUCUCUUCCCAGUCCUCUCACUGCCCUGCCACCAGGAAUAGAAGGGUUAAUUCAAGGCUAAUCACAUCAGAGGGGUCUAAACCACUACCACCAAAAUUGAACUUAAAGCAUGUCUUCUGUUUUAAACUUGGUAGUUUUGAUUCCAGGGUAACUGCAAUGUGGAAGGGGUGAUCCUAAACCCAGUUGCCGCAGAGUAAGCCCAUUAGAUUCACUAGGGCUUGCUUCUGAGUAGACAUGCAAGGUAGCUCUCGGUCUUUUUUAUCUUCCAAAUUGGCUCAAAGCUAUUUCAGUAUUUCCUCACCUGUUUUUCUCCUCUCUCACCCACCCCAAAUAGGAAAUUUAAGUCAUGGAAUGGAGAAUCCAAUAUAUCAGGUGAACGGAAUCAUGGGAGAAUCAGUCUUGUUUGCUGUAAAUGUAUCCUCAGCAGUAACAGUGGAGAAAAUGGAAUGGGACUUUUACCCGCAAAGCGGUGGACUGGGCUUUUGGCUGGGGGAAUUCAGCCACGGUAAGCUGGAGCACCCAAGUCCCACUGACCGGUUUGGACAACGGCUAGACAUGGUGGACGAGACAACACUGAAGGUCAAAGACCUGGAGUUGGAUGACAGUGGGAUCUACAAUGCUCGCAUCUGGUUUAUGAAAUCACGGUUUCAAGAACAGAGUUUCAGCCUCACGGUCUAUGGUAAGUAACUACUUUCCCUGUCCUGAAUGCAGAGGAGGGCUACACAGAUGAUAAAGGGGAAAGUUGAGGGAGGUGGGUGUCUUUAGCCUGAAGAAGUGUCUCCACCCCCAUCGUUCUGCCUGGACACUGAGGUCCAGCACCGAGGGCCUUCUGGUGGUUCCCUCGCUGUGAGAAGCCAAGUUACAGGGAACCAGGCAGAGGGCCUUCUCAGUAGUGGGGCCUGCCCUGUUGAGUGCCCUCCCAUCAGAUGUCAAGGAAAUAAACAGCUAUCUGUCUUUUAGAAGGCAGCCCUGUUUAUGUGGGAAUGUUCAGGGAUGCAGGAGAGGAUAUAUUGUCUGAUUAUAUCCUUAUCCAACUUGUGUUAACAAGUUUCCAAUAUCAGCAGAGUAAAACAUUCCCCUUUAUUUUAAGUUUGCAAUGGUAGCGUUUGCUCAGGCUCGCUUAAGCCUCUAUAAUAAUCACUCUGGUAAUUUCCCCUUAUUCCUUCUUAAAAUAGAAAAGACAACACAGUCUUUUACAAAAUUAUAAAAAGAGUUUACUCACAUUCUGUUCACAAUCAGAUCCCAGAAGGUAGACUUAAGCUUAAUGAAGUAACAUUCACUUGGAAUCUAUCUUAUAAAAAGACAGUCCCUUUGUUCUCUCUUGGCUGGGAGCCAAGAGGGCAUCUUUCGCUCAGUAGAUGUUGUGUCUUCGAUGCAUGUGGUGAAAGAGAGAGAGAUGGCUGCCCUGUCCUGUGCUUUUGUCAUUACCUGCACAGGUGAGGCAACACCCACCUCUAGUCACAUGUGGAGGAAGUCGGUCCCAGCCCAGAGGGAAACAGGAAGUUUACCUGCUGGCUGGGCAAACAUCCCUCCCCAUGUCUAAACAUGUACACUCUAGGAAUGUUGUACUUGACUGCUCUUGUGUUUCACAUCCCACAGUUUAGGGAAGCUUUUAAUAUUUGACGAACUAUUGUAUUUUAAUAUUUUGUUGGAAGCUGCCCAGAGUGGCUGGGGAAACCCAGCCAGAUGGGCGGGGGGAGAAGGAGAAGAAGGAGAAGAAGGAGAAGAAGGAGAAGAAGGAGGAGAAGAAGGAGGAGAAGAAGGAGAAGAAGGAGAAGAAGGAGAAGAAGGAGAAGAAGGAGAAGAAGAAGAAGAAGAAGAAGAAGAAGAAGAAGAAGAAGAAGAAGAAGAAGAGGCUGAGAGUCAUGGGUGUACCCAAGGUGGUGGGGGCAAGGAGGCAGCUGCCCCACAUAUAAAGUAAAACAAUAGAAAUACUUAAUUAACUGAUCUAUCAUGUUGAUUCUGCCCCCCUAACAAAAGCCCCCCCCCCCAAUAAAAAUCCUGGCUGGCUGAGAGGUGAUAUGACAGCUAUCUUCAAAUAUUUGAAGGGCUUUCACAUGGAAUCUGGAACAAGCUUGUUCUCUGCUGCUCAAGAUGAAUGAAUGAAUUUAAAUGAAUAAGAAAGGAGAUUUCUACUAAAUCUUAGGAAGAACCUUCUGGCUGUAAGAGCUGCUUGGCGGUGGAAUAGACUGCCUCAGAAGCUGGUGGACUCUUCCUUGGAGGUAUUUAAGCAGAGGUUAGAUGGUCAUCUUCUAGGGAUUAUUUAGCUGUGGUGCCUGCAUUGCAAGCAGCUGGACUACAUGACUCUUGUAUUUUAUUAUAAUGGAAUAGGAUUGACACCGUUUGGCUGGUUUCUGACAGGCAUAAGGUGCAAACAUCACAUCUUUCCCAUUUCUCUUCAAAUAGAGCCCGUGCCAGAACUUCAGAUUCUCCCCAGAGACGUCUCCAACAGCUCAGGCAUAUGCGAUGUGACCCUGCAAUGUCAGGUGUCUGGAAAGGGGGAAUUUGACAUCUCCUGGAAAAGAGGGGAACCUCUCAGAGACUUAGGAGAUGGCUUGGACUGGUACCAGAUCUCUGACAAUGGCACCAGUCUCCAUUUGUUGUGGUGGCCGAACGCCAGCGACUCCACUUUCACCUGCCUGAUCAGAAAUCCCAUUGGAGAGAAGGACGUCUCCUUCAGUUUGCUCAGCAUCUGCCCAACUGAUGAUGAAGGUCAGUAAUUUAUGGCACCUUCCUCCAAACGAUGCAUUGGACCCCUUUACCCCAUCACCCCAAUAUCACUGCUUCGGGUUGUGGAUAUAUUGGGGCAGGGAAAAGGCAACAGUGGAGGGUCCAUUCAUAUCUCUGAGGAGUGGGACUCCCAGCCACAAGAAUUCAGAAAUCUGAGAAGAGGAUGUGUUUUUAGAAUUAAGCGGUGCUCAGUGGUAGAGGGACGCGGGUGGUGCUGUGGGUUAAACCACAGAGCCUAGGACUUGCCGAUCAGAAGGUCAGCGGUUCGAAUCCCCACGACGGGAUGAGCUCCCGUUGCUCGGUCUCUGCUCCUGCCGACCUUAGCAGUUCGAAAGCACCUCAAAGUGCAAGUAGAUAAAUAGGUACCGCUCCGGCGGGAAGGUUUAACGGCAUUUCCCUGCACUGCUCGGGUUCACCAGAAGCGGCUUAGUCCUGCUGGCCACAUGACCUGGAAGCUGUACGCCGGCUCCCUCGGCCAAUAAAGCGAGAUGAGCGCCGCAACCCCAGAGUCGGCCAAGACUGGACUUAAUGGUCAGGGGUCCCUUUACCUUUACCUUUACAGUCCCUGCUUCUUUGUUUGCAAGAAGGUCUCAGGUCCAAUCCCUUUGACAUCUUCAGGCAGGGCUGGGAAUAAUAAUAAUAAUAAUAAUAAUAAUAAUAUCUAUUAUUUGUAUCUCACCCAUCUGGCUGCGUUUCCCCAGCCACUCUGGGUGGCUUUCAACAAAAGAUUUAAAAUACAUUAAAACAUCAGUCAUUAAAAACUUCCCUAAACAAGGCUGCCUUCAGAUGUCUUCUAAACAUCAGGUAGUUGUUUCUUUCUUUGACAUCUGAUGGGAGGGUGUUCCACAGGGUGGGCGCCACUACCAACAAGGUCCUCUGCCUGGUUCCCUGUAACUUUGCUUCUUGCAGUGAGAGAACCACCAGAAGGCCCUCGGAGCUGAACCUCAGUGUCUGGGCUGGACGAUGGAGGUGGAGACGCUCCUUCAGGUAUACUGGGCCGAGGCCGUUUAGGGCUUUAAAGGUCAGCACCAACACUUUGAAUUGUGCUUGGAAAUGUACCGGGAGUGAAUGUAGGUCUUUCAAGACCGGUGUUAUGUGGUCUCGGCUGCCGUUUCCAGUCACCAGUCUGGCUGCUACAUUCUGGAUUAGUUGUAUUUUCUGGGUCACCUUCAAAGGUAGCCCCACGGAGAGCGCAUUGGAGUAGUCCAAGCGGGAGAUAACUAGACCAUGCGUCACUCUGGCAAGACAGUCUGCAGGCAGGUAGGGUCUCAUCCUGCGCUCCAGAUGGAGCUGGUAGACAGCUGCCCUGGACACAGAAUUGACCUGUGCCUCCACGGACAGCUGUGAGUCCAAAAUGACUCCCAGGCUGCGCACCUGGUCCUUCAGGGGGUACAGUUGUCCCAUUCAGGACCAGGGAGUCCCCCACACCCACCUGCCCCCUGUCCCCCCAAAACAGUACUUCUGUCUUGUCCCCUACCCUAAACCUGGGGAGUCUCUACCAGUCAGUGUAGGCCAUAUUAAGCUAGAUAGACCCAAUGGUCUGAGUCAGUACAGGGCAGCUUCCUAUGACGGGUAUCUUCAAGACUCUGGUUUACGGGCUAUUCCUACCAUGGAGAUGAAUGCAUAUCCCAGAUUAAAGGAUGAUCUCCCGAUCAUAUAGUUUGAAUCUGCACUUUAGUCACCCUUAGAGUAAACCCAUGACACCAAUGAGCUUUUAGGUGGCCAUGACUAAGAUUUAUUUUCUAAGCCUGACUCACUCUCAAUCCAACCCUAUCGAUUCAACCCUGUUGAGGCAUUAGCAGGGGCAGUCUGAGUGGAGUCCCCCAGAUGUUGCUGGACUCCCAAGGUCCCAUCAUCCCUGACCUGCUGGCUGCUGAGGAUGAUGGGAGUUGGAGUCCAACAGCACUGGGAGGGCCACAGGUCGCCUUCCCCUCCCCUGAUGCCUCUUCGGAGCAUAGCUGUCAACUUACAGAUUUGAAAAUAAGGGGCCAGCAGCCAAAAUAAGGGAUUUCCCCAGCACAGGUAUGUUCAACUUCUGAGCCCCUCCAAGCCAAAGGCAGAAAGCCCAGCCAGCAGCCAAACAAAGCCUCAAGCGGUGGUUCCCACAGCGCAGCAACCCGGCAAAGGGGAUGCAGCAAGGAAAACCACCGUCACCUCUCCGCUGGGAAGUGAGCAAAGGCGAGUCCCCAGGCAACGCGGCCGAUUUGAUUGGCACAAGGCAUGCAAGCUCCACCCCCCUGUCGUUCUCAGACUCCUUAUUGGGUGAGCAACGCAGCCAAGCAACACAGUUGGAGCCUCCCUCCUCCCUGGCUGGCAGGGAGGGAGGGAGAGGAGCUGCUUCCUUUGAAACCCGGGAAAUUCAAGGGACAUCAUCAAUAAGGGACAGCAGCGGGACACAGCGCUGGGAUAAGGGACUUUCCUGCCAAAUAAGGGACGGUUGACAGCUAUGCUUUGGAGUCACCCCCUCCCCCGCUUUAAUCUCAUUGCUUCCUGAUAUCCACAGAAGAGGGCAGAGGAUGAAACCCAGCUCCAAGUGCCAGAUUAAAAUUCUGUGCCAGAGUAACCCAGGGAAACCUCAAAUUAAGUCAAUAAAAAUGGAACGUGUUGGCAUAGAGCCAGUGUGGUGUAGUGGUUAGAGUGUUGGAUCUGAGAGACCCGGGUUCAAAUCCCUACAUGGCCAUGAAGCUCACUGUGUGACCUUGAGCCAGUCACUAAGCCACCUCACAGUUUGCUAUUUAUUUAUUUGCAUCCCCCCUUUUCCUUUUUUUAAAAAUUGGUUUUCACAUAUUAUAUUACAAUACAAAUGUACCAAAGCCAACACCAUUUCCUCCCCAUCCCCCCAUACAUUUACAUUCCUAUUUCCUCAAUCCAUCAUAUUUUUCUUUUCUCCCUCCUCCCACUUCCCUCCGCCCCCACUCGAUUUCCUACAGGUUAUUUACAAUAAUCUUUGCAUUCUACAACCUUCUCAAAUCAUCUGUUUUUUCUUCCAUCCAGUAUUCACAUUUUCAUCUAGGCAUAUUAGCAUAGCCUUUUUUGACCAAUAUUUUGCCAUAUAUUCAUCAAAACAUUUCCACUCCUUCUUUAGUUUUUGAUUUGACUGAUUACUUAUUAUAGCAUUUAAUUUUGCCAAAAUUAAAUAUUCAUUUAGUUUACAAAUCCAUUCCUCCUUUGUGGGUAUAAUUUGUGACUUCCACCUAGCAGCAAUCACUAUUCUAGCAGCUGUACUUGCAUAUAGAAAAAUUCUCCCCCCGUGGUAUCUCUUCAUCUAUCAAUCCAAGGAGAUAUGUCUCUGGUUUCUUUGUUAUUGAUAUUUUCAACAUCUUCUUUAGUUCUUUGUGUAAGGUAAAGGUAAAGGGAUCCCUGACCAUUAGGUCCAGUCGUGACCGACUCUGGGGUUGCGGCGCUCAUCUUGCUUUAUUGGUUUAACCCACAGCGCCACCCGCAUGCCAUUGUUUGUGUACUACUAUCCACAAUUUCUUAAUUUCCUCACACCUCCACCACAUAUGUAUUGGUGUUCCUAUUUCUCCACCACAUCUCCUACAGAGGUUGGAUUUCAAUUUGUAUAUCUUUGCCAACUUAACCUUACAGUUUGCUAUCGUGCUAUAUCUCAACGGACUCUUACAGGUAAUCAGCAGAUACUCCGGUGGAUGAUCUGCCUUCCCAUCAGCUUUAUUUUAACUCUGGCAUGUUCUGUAAUGAUAUGGAAGAGGAAAUACAUAUUUAAAAAGAGGUAGGAACAUCUCUAUUAAUCUGUGACUAUGGAAUUUCCUCCCUGUUCGUAUAAGUCAUAGAAGUCUUUUGACGCAUGUGUUACUCUUAUUUCUUCACACGGUGAUCUUAGUCGCUGUUUAUUUGAAUUUUUAUACUGAAUGAUAUAUUGUUUUUUAAAAUGUCAUAUACUACAUGGAUAAUUUUAAGUUGAGUAGUAUAUGCAUCUGCCUAAUAAGCAAACAACAUGUUUCAUCUUACACUCUGCAGAGAUUGCCUCCACAAUUCCAGAGAACCAGCACUCUCCUGGAUCACAACAGACAAUGAGGAACGUCCCCAAAGUUGGGCAUGAGCAGGUGAGAUGAGUGUGGAACUGAAUGAAAGGAAGGUGACUUGAAAUAGCAAGGGGAGAAUUUCAUCUGUUUGGGAGCCACUUAAUGCUUAUAAAAUUAUUAACACAUUUUUUAAAAAAAUAAAAUAAAAAGGAGGUUACAAAAUGGUGAGAGUAUUAAGCCACAACCUCACGUCAACCCAUUGAUAAGGGUUGAACUCUCAUUUUAUUUAUUGCAUUUAUCGUAUUUCUAGCCCAACUUUUUUGCCAAAGAGCUCAAGGUGAAGUACGUGGCUCUCCCUCUUGUCACUCAACCUGUGAAGCGGAUUAUAUAUUAUUAUAGAAUUUAUAUACUGCCCGAUAACCAGAGGUCUCAGGCUGGUUCACAGAAAAGAUCAUGAAAUAGAAAAUCAAAAUAAGAACGAUAACCCAAUAACACCCCCCUCAAGGCACUGAGAGGCUAUGACUGGCCCCCAAGGACACAGUCAGUGAGGUUCAUGGUCAAGUGGGAGGAUUUGAACUCUGACCUCCCAAGUCCUAGUCUGACACUAAAACCACUUUACCACACUGGUUCUCUUAGAGAAGCCAUAAUUUAAGAAAUCUCAUGUUAAGGGUAAUGGCUUAUGAUCAAAGCAAUACAGUAUUUACUUAUUUAACCAUCCAUGUAGACCAGCAGUUCUCAACCUGUGAGUCCCCAGAUGUUGUUGGACUACAAUUCCCAUCAUCCCUGAGCUCUUGCCUUGCUAGCUAGGAGUGAUGGGAGUUGUAGUUCAACAACAUCUGGGAAUCCACAGGUUGAGAAAGGCUGAACUAGACUUAGGUUACCAGAUUUUUUUCAAUGAAUCCUGGGACACUUUUCAACUUCCAUGGAUUUUGUAUGGGGACUGAUUUGUCAAUCCGGGGACUGUCCCUGGGAAACAGGGACGUCUGGUAACCUUAAUCUAGACCCUUUUAAAAACAAACCUUCUUUAAACUUUGAGUUCCUUGUUAGUCUGUUACGGGCUACUCUGUUACCUGAGACAGAUCAGCAAAUGACAUCCCCCAAAUUCAGUGCUUUUCGUCAGACAUGAGGCAGAAAUUCCCACAAGCAUUUCUUCAUGUUCUGGCAGUAAAAGAAAUGCAAAAAUAAAUAACCAUGUGCAUAGCGGUGGGGAGGGGGCAGUUGCUCCCCUCUAAAUCAAGUAACUAAAUAAAAAAACAAUUAACUAAAAGUAGAAAUAAUCAGAAUAUUUGAAACUGAAAUGCUCACUGAGGUCACUUGAAUGUUGUUGUGGAGCAAUUGGAAACCCAACUGAGCGAUAGACGGAACUAGACAGAGGAGGAUGACAGACAGGUUCAUGCCCUGAUAAUGCACAGAAUGACAAAGGAAUUUUGUUUUUGUUUUCCUACAGUGGACAUUGCCUCUGAGUAUGUGCAGAGUGUUUUUGAAACCUUUCUCUGCUCUCACUCCUGCUUCCUGUCCACAACAGCACCCCCUUUCCAGAACACCGGAACCACACGGCAUACAGAGAAAGGAAGGCCUUUUGUAUGAAGAAUUGAAGGGGGGGGGGAGAAUGCAAAGGGGAGGCUGUUGCUAUGAUGUUUGUUUGCCUGAGCAGGUUACACCAAGUCAGCCUAUUAAGAGGAUUGUGGAGGAACACUGA